GACCAACGACCAACAACCAACAGAGAACAGAAUAACAUACAACGAAACCAAGUCAACGCUGCUUACCAAACUAAUACUUGUCCAUUUCCGAAUUUAGUUAAUGUUGUUAAGAACAUGGAAGUAAAAUACAAACCAGCAGAUAACAUAAAAAUAAUUAAAGCAGUAGAAAAGUAUCCAGUUAUCUAUGACACAAAAACUUACCCAGCAGUCCAGUGUAAAGGACUGUGGGACCAAGCAUGGCCACAUGUCGCCAAGGAAUUAGGUCUUUCAGUGGAUCAUGUAAAACGUCGCUGGAUUAACAUCAGAGAUUGCUACAAGAGAUAUAUGAGAAGCAUGCGCUCCAAUAAAAUGACAACACCAUACUACCUUGAGAGACAUUUGCAUUUCUUGAGGCCUUUCGUUGAGAUUGACAAUCGGUUCCUCUGGAAAGAGAAAAGCUCCAACAAGACCACUGUGAAAAAAACCAAGAGUAGCAAGAGAGACCUAGGAAUCUGUAAGAGAAUCAGGAUGUCUCAAGAAGACUCAAUAAGAAUAAUGGAAGAGAGUGUCGACUCCCCUGAAAUCAUCGAAGAUGACUUUAACCGACAUAAUAAUUCAGAUAGUGUCGAAUCCUCCGAUUCUGAUCCAGAGACGAAUUCAAAAGAUAAGAACAAGAACAUUGAGAAAACAAUUGUGAAGAAGAGUAGCAAGAGAGGCCUAGGAAUAAGUAAGAGAAUCAGGAUGUCUCAAGAAGACUCAAUAAGAAUAAUGGAAGAGAGUGUCGACUCCCCUGAAAUCAUCGAAGAUGACUUUAACCGACAUAAUAAUUCAGAUAGUGUCGAAUCCUCCGAUUCUGAUCCAGAGACGAAUUCAAAAGAUAAGAACAAGAACAUUGAGAAAACAAUUGUGAAGAAGAGUAGCAAGAGAGGCCUAGGAAUAAGUAAGAGAAUCAGGAUGUCUCAAGAAGACUCAAUAAGAAUAAUGGAAGAGAGUGUCGACUCCCCUGAAAUCAUCGAAGAUGACUUUAACCGACCUAACAAUUCAGAGAGUAUCGACUCCCCCGAUUCUAAUUUCGAAAUCAUCAAUGAUGACUUUAACCUACCUGAAAAUUCAGAUGGUGUUGACUCCUCCGAUUCUAAUUUCAAAAUCAUCAAUGAUGACUUUAACCGACCUAAAAAUUCAGAUGGUGUUGACUCCUCUGAUUCUGAUGUUGAAAUCAUCGAUGAUGACUUUAACCGACCUAUAGAUACAUAUAGUGUCGACUCCUCCGAUUCCGAUGUCGAAUUCAUCAUUGAUGAUGAUUACUCUUUUUUCUCCUAUGGUUCUGAUAUCGAAAUCAUCGAUGAUGACUUUAACCGACCUAUAAAUUCAGAUAGUGAUGUUGAAGUUAAUGUGGUGGACUGAGUAGAGUCUAACACAUAGUAGUUGCAGUGAUAAUAAGCCUAAGCAUCAAUACAAGGUGCAUUUGAAGACGUUUUGCACACUUGCAAAAUAGUUAUUUUCCAUUUUGUCCAGGUAACUGUAGGGGAAAAAAACAUUGCACAAAACAUCGUCAAUUGCACCUUGCAUUGAUCUUCGCUUGGAGUCAUCUGCAAAAAAAUGACCACAUGACGGUUCAGUUGCCAAAUUACCCUAGAAUAAUAGGUAUUUAUUUGAUAAAAAUGUAAAGAAAUGAAAAAAUAAGUCUGUUAUAAAAAUACUACGGGUUAUUGUACUGUGAUAUGUAGUACAGAAUAGGUGGUACUUACUACUACUUUGCCUUGUUAACAGUGCCUCCAGCUUUCUCAAUCUAGUGCCUUUUUUUCUAGAGUUAUAAAGUCUCCUCUGACCUGGUCUUGCCAUUUAAAUUUUUUUCCCUGGCUUAUUCUGGCCUUGGGGUUGUUUGGUAAGAUUUUAUUGAAAGUACGGGUACCUAAUGUUUUAUAUCGAUUAAUGAAAAAUGAUCUUUUAUAAAAAAAAUUUCAUUGUAUGAAUAAGAAAUGUGGAUUUAUGAAAGUAACUGCUAUAACUUUCUAAGAAUGUCUUAAUGUAAAUUAAGAUAAUGUUUUCAUUUUCAUGCUCCUUUUUGCACCAGUAUAGUUGGCACCAUUUCACAGUAAUUUAGAAGAUCCAAACUAUUAUUUUUGUGUUUGUAUAGUAAGCCUACUUUUUGAUAUUGAACCCAAAGUUUUUUUUUACUUGUAUACCAUUUGAUAUUGAUAACAAAUGUUAUUGUAAAUUUAGAUAAUGUUUAAUUUUUGUGUUAUAUUUUUCAUCUUGUACUAGUAGGCCUACAUCUAGUACUUUUUCAUAUUGAUUAAAAACAAAUUUUUGUGUUUGUUUAGUACUUUUUCAUAUUGAAUCUAGUACUGUAUCUUGUUCUUUUGUUCUUGUAUACCACUUGAUAUUGAUAAAAAUAGGUCUUUGGUAAAAAUCCAAAAAACGCCUAUUGUUGCCUAUUGAUAGGAAAGAAGAAAUUCCUAUGAUUUAUAUAUUUACUUAUUGUUUACCACUUGAUAUUGAUAAAAAUAGGUCUUUGGUAAAAAUCCAAAAAACGCCUAUUGUUGCCUAUUGAUAGGAAAGAAGAAAUUCCUAUGAUUAAUAUAUUUACUUAUUGUUUACCUUUUGAUCUCAUUGUUUUUGUUGUGUACUCACAUUUUGGUUUUGAUAUAUGAUACCAUAUCAGUAUUGUUUGAUUUCAAAUAAAAAAAGUUACCUAAUUC